GUAGCCAACCUCACCGAUACGAAUACGAACCCCUGACCACCCCUGACACCCCACUCCUGGUUCACGUUCACAUUCACCCCUUUGGAGCCAUGUUUGUGUUUUCAUCUGGGCAGAGAUGGAAUUCACAGAUUUGAGAGAUCAAGUUUCAACUUGAACCAAAUUAAAAUUGAAUCGCGAUUUGUUGGGUCGUCGAAUUUUCGCACAAAAACUCUCUUGGAAUGAAUUUGGAGGCUGCUAUUUUUGUGUUGAUUUUUUGUUUUCAUUUCACCCCCAGCCGUGGUUCAAUUCAUAAAAAUCUGAAAUACUUUGAAACUCUGUACCCUCACGAAAUUGCCCAUCGAAUCGUGAAGAGAGGAUCUGACCAUGGCACUCACCAGUUCAACAAAGUCCGAGAGGUCUCCUUCAACGGAUUCGGAAGGGAAUUCCGACUGAUUUUGUCUCCGAAAAAAGAGGUUUUGCACCCGCAGUUCAAAGCUGUGGAGUUGGAUGCAACUGGGAAUGAAAAGCCAGUUGCAGUUGACCAUGAGUCCUUUUACCAUGGACGAGUGUUUGGUGAGCUGCAAAGCCAGGCGCAUGUCCAUCUCAAUAAUGACACAGGAGAAAUGACGGCCACAAUCCAUUUGCCUCACGAUUCUUAUCAUGUUGAGCCUUCCUGGAGGCACUUCAAAGAGGAGGAUGGUGAAGGCAGUGGGCGCAUGUUGGCGUAUCGAAGUUCCGAUGUGAAGCUUAGCUGGGAACAUGACGAGGAUGGAAACCCACACAACUUGCAGACAAAGACCUGUGGGUACAUCAAAGAGGGUCCUCAGGGUGGUGCCAAGGACGAGGAAGAACACCGAGGUAAAAGACAAGCUGAUCAGUACGAGUACACUCCAACCAAGACUAGGUGCCCCUUGUUGUUGGUUGCCGACUACAGGUUUUUCCAGGAGAUGGGCGGCUCAAAUACCAAAAACACAAUUAAUUAUUUGAUCAGUCUCAUUGAUCGGGUGCACAAAAUCUACAACGACACAAUUUGGCAGGACAGAACGGAGCAGGAUGGUUUUAAAGGGAUGGGAUUCGUAAUCAAGAAAAUCGUCGUUCAUUCGGAGGCGACGAGAGUGCGCGGAGGCGAGGCGCAUUACAACAUGAUCAGAGACAAAUGGGACGUGAGAAAUCUCCUAGAGGUUUUCAGUAGGGAGUACAGCCACAAAGACUUUUGCUUGGCGCAUCUCUUCACAGACCUCAAGUUUGAGGGAGGCAUCCUCGGCUUGGCCUAUGUCGGCAGCCCGCGCAGAAACUCGGUCGGAGGAAUCUGCACUCCAGAGUACUUCAAGAAUGGCUACACGCUGUACUUGAACUCUGGCCUGAGCUCAAGCCGCAACCACUACGGCCAAAGGGUGAUCACCCGAGAGGCAGACCUGGUCACUGCCCAUGAGUUUGGCCACAACUGGGGCUCCGAGCACGACCCGGACAUCCCCGAAUGCAGUCCUGGCGCCUCCCAAGGGGGUUCCUACCUCAUGUACACUUACAGUGUAUCCGGCUACGAUGUCAACAACAAGAGGUUCAGCCCGUGCAGUCUGCGCUCGAUCAGGAAAGUGUUGCAGGCAAAGAGCGGCCGGUGCUUCUCCGAACCAGAGGAGAGUUUCUGCGGCAACCUCAGGGUGGAGGGUGAUGAGGAGUGCGACGCUGGGUUGCUGGGCACGGAGGACAAUGACCCCUGCUGCGAUAAAAACUGCAGACUCAGGAGAGCAUCUGGAGUUUCUUGCAGUGACAAAAAUUCACCUUGCUGUCAGGAUUGUCAGUUCAUGUCAUCAGGAACUCGUUGUCGAGAGGCUCAACACGCAACCUGCGAGCAAGACUCGAGGUGCACUGGCACUUCACCUGAGUGUCCUCGUUCUCCACCCAUGUCCGACGGGACACCCUGUCUUGAGCGUGGUCAAUGCAGACAUGGCAAGUGUGUUCCGUUUUGCGAAACCCAGGGCCUUCAGAGCUGCAUGUGUGACACAAUUGGUGAUGCUUGCAAAAGGUGCUGCCGCAUGAACUUGAAUGACACCUGCUUUCCUGUGGACCCGCAGGACAUUCUUCCAGACGGCACUCCUUGCAUUCAGGGCUUUUGCAAUAAGGGCUUGUGUGAGAAAACAAUCCAAGACGUGGUGGAGCGCUUUUGGGACAUCAUCGAGGAUAUUAACAUUAAUAAAGUGUUGUUGUUUUUGCGGGACAACCUUGUUGGCACUGUGCUUGUUGUCACUGCACUUCUAUGGCUGCCUGCCAGCUGCCUUAUCAGUUACGUUGAUCGUCGUUGGCGCUCUGAGGACGCCGCUCGCUGGGAAUGGCGCACAAGGGAGGACCUUUUGCACCCCCGAGACCCGCCUCGCAGGGUCAUCCACGCCAAAGGGCCAAACCCAACCCCACUUAGAAGAGUGCACCUGGCUGCAGCCCCUUGCAUCCAUUAACAAUACACAAUCCAAAGGAUGGCUUUUAUCCGAAUUUAUUUUAGUUUCAAGAGAACCAGGCCAUAUUCUCAUCACAACUCAUUAUCCGCUUCUAAUUUAAUUUUCUUGAUCUCAGUAAAAACUUCAUGAGUGUUGAGUGUCAAUCUCUAAUUUAGUCAAACUCGACUGCCGUAAAACAACUAGUCAUCUGAAUCUUUUUCGAGUCAAUUUAUUUUCAAGAUCGAUUAACAAAUUGCUGUUCAAUAAAUGCCAAAAUUGAA